AAUAUUUCCACUCUUCGUUAUUCUUUGUCCACUUAAGUGAGCCGAUUACUUUCGGUGGUGUUUCUUUAAUUGUGAUGAACAUAAUUUUACGUUUUUGUAAACGAAAAGUUAUAGAUGAAGGGGAGGGACUUAAAUAUCACCUGAGUGUUGGCUAAAUGAAAAUAACGUCAAUCAAAGGCUUUCAGAGCUAGGAAGGAGCUCUAGAUGGCGGAUGAUCCUUAGGAAGGCUGCUGUAGGCUGUCGUCAUUCCAUUUUUCUUGCCCCUGUGUCGACUGAGGCGACGUCCUGCUAUGUUCUCGUGAUGCCUCGGCACACUCGCUCGACGUUUUGACGGGUUUGACGUCGUUUCGCCGCGCUUUUGUGGCCGUUUUUGCGCGUCGAAGAAGCCGUCUGGGCUUGCCGUUGUUUUCCAUGCAGGGCUCCGGCAGCCAUGGCGCGCCUCCAUUUUUAGAGUGCUGCUCUUGUCUCUCUGACGCUUGACAGCAGAGCGGGUUCCGAGAGGCCCACGAUGUAUUUAAAACCUGAUUCUUUUUGUAUUUAAUAACAUAUACCUUAUUUUUUUUCAGUCUGGUUUGAUUUUUGAGAUUUUAUUAUAUUUUGCAACCGCGGCGAAUCGAAACGAAAUAGUUUAUCUAUCGGUACUGCCUUGUUAUGAGGUUGCUCUGUUUACAUUAUUUGCUGAAUUAAUCCCAUAUUACUUUAUUUUUAAUGUCAUUUUCCCCGCGAUGACGCAGUUACAAUUAAUUGAUGCGACUCGGCACUUGGACAAAUCGCUUGCAUAUGUUGGCUAAUGGAAUAGCACAUACCUUUUGGAACUAUAUAUUCCGUCUAUAUAAUGAUAAUGAUAGAUAAUGCCCAAUCAUUUGUAUUUAAUUCCACUUUCUCCUCUGGCGUCGCACCGCUUGGGAUUUAAAGUGCCUGUCGAGGGGCGAAGGCAAUCUUGAGGGACUUGUGUGCUACUUUAUGCCUCCUGGAACUUUUUUUUUUUUUUACACGAAUACCAGGACAUCAGAUCACCUCUCCCUAAGGAUAUAUACACACAUUUAAAGCAUACACAUUUUUCUUCAACGAUGAAGAACAGAAAUAAAAAGCAAGUGGAAGAAGGAUCGACUCAGAGUAAUGCUUCCAGCAAUUCAGCCUCGGAAGAAUCCAAUCGCUCCGCAUCGGAGUCGGGAAGUCAGUCCGAGAGCGAGCAUGGCAGCGAGCAUGGCAGCGAGAGGCGACGGCGCCGCCAGUCGGAGUCCAACAGCUCCUCGGGGUCGGAGAGUCGCUCGGGGAGCGGGAGCGAGUCUGCGGAGUCCAAAAGGCAAGCAUGCUGCGAUCGCAAAGACAAGCCAGUGAAGAAGAAGGAACGUCUAGCUGAUGUCAAGAAGAUGUGGGAGGAGCAUCCGGACGUGUACGGCGUCAGAAGGUCAAAUCGCAGUAGACAAGAACCAUCUCGCCUGAACAUUGGCGCUGGGGGUAGCAGUGACUCAGAAAAUGAAAGUCCAAAAAGGAAAAGCGCUCGUGUAAAAAAGAAGGAUAGCUGGGAUGAUGAGGAUGAGGAUGACGAGGAGGAAGCCUCCGGCAGUACAGACAGUGAGCAGGAAGAGAUAAAAGUUAGAUCCAGACGACUUCCUGCUAGAAGACCGCAGACAAAAUCAUCGAACAAAAAAUUGUCUCAAAAAGCAAGAAAACUCAGGAAAGAGGAAUCCUCACCCGAGGACGAGGAUGACGACGAGGACGAUGAGGACGAUGAUGACGAGGAUGAUGACGAUGACGACACUCCAAAGAGACAAAUUCGUCGGAGAGGGGCAACUAAGGUCAAAAGCUACAAAGAAGACCAACAUGACUUUGAAACGGACUCUGACGAUCUGAUAGAGAUGACGGGCGACGCGUGCGAGGAGCAGCAGGACGAUGACAGCGAGACCAUCGAGAAAGUCAUGGACACCAGGAUCGGCAAGAUAGGAGCCACGGGCGCUCCCACGACCAUGUAUGCCGUCCAGGACAACGGGGACCCGUGCGAAGGUUUUGACCCCGACAAGGACGAAGGCGAAACGCACUAUCUGGUCAAGUGGAAGGGCUGGUCUUACAUCCACAACACGUGGGAGAGCUUGGACUCACUCACGCAGCAGAAGGUCAAGGGCUUGAAGAAGCUGGACAACUUCAAAAAGAAAAAUGACGAGCUCAACACAUGGUUGAACAGGGCUUCUCCCGAGGAUGUGGAGUUCCACAACUGCCAGAUGGAGCUCAUUGCCGACUUGAACAAGCAGUUCCAGUUUGUGGAGCGCAUCAUCGCCACCAAAACAGGAAAGACACACGGAUCCUCCGACUUCCCGUCUCACAGUCACAAGAUAUCGUCCAGCGAACCCGAGUACCUAUGCAAGUGGAUGGGCCUGCCUUACUCCGAGUGCAGUUGGGAAGACGGGGCGCUGAUCAUGAAGAAGUUCCAGCGCUGCAUUGACAGUUUCUUGAACCGGAACUCCAGCAAAACCGUCCCUUCCAAAGAUUGCAAGGUGUUGAAACAAAGGCCCAGAUUUGUCGCUUUGAAAAAACAGCCGUCAUACAUCGGAGACGAGAACCUGCAACUUAGAGACUAUCAGCUGGCCGGACUCAACUGGCUCGCUCAUUCCUGGUGCAGGUGCAACAGCGUGAUUCUGGCAGACGAGAUGGGUCUGGGAAAGACCAUCCAGACCAUCUCUUUCCUGUCCUACCUCUUCCACCAGCACCAGCUGUACGGGCCCUUCUUGGUGGUGGUGCCCUUGUCCACGCUCACCUCCUGGCAGAGGGAGUUUGACACCUGGGCCCCCGACAUGAACGUGGUGGUCUACCUCGGGGACGUCAUGAGCAGAAAAAGCAUCCGCGACUACGAGUGGGUUAACCACCAAACCAAAAGAAUCCGUUUCAAUGCACUAUUAACCACCUACGAAAUUCUCCUCAAAGAUAAGGGAGUCCUGGGAAACAUCAACUGGGCCUUCCUGGGUGUUGAUGAGGCUCACCGGCUGAAGAACGACGAUUCCCUCUUGUACAAAUCCUUGAUGGAGUUCAGGUCAAACCACAGGCUGCUCAUUACCGGCACCCCACUGCAGAACUCGCUCAAAGAGCUCUGGUCGCUGCUGCACUUCCUCAUGCCGGACAAGUUUGACUCGUGGGAAGAUUUUGAGGACGACCACGGCAAAGGGAGAGAGAAUGGUUACCAGAGUCUUCACAAAGUCCUCGAGCCCUUCCUGCUCCGACGUGUCAAAAAGGACGUGGAGAAAUCGCUUCCUGCCAAAGUGGAGCAGAUUCUCCGCGUUGACAUGAGUGCGCAGCAGAAACAAUUUUACAAGUGGAUUUUAACGCGGAAUUACAAAGCUCUUUCCAAAGGCACCCGAGGCAGCUCCUCGGGCUUCCUGAACAUUGUUAUGGAGCUGAAAAAGUGCUGCAACCACGGCUUUCUCAUCAAGCAGCCUGAGGAGGGCGAGCCCGAGUCACAACAGGAACAACUGCAGGCUCUGGUGCGUGGCAGCGGCAAGCUGGUGCUGCUGGACAAACUGCUCACCCGGCUGAGGGAGCGAGGCAACAGAGUGCUGAUUUUCUCGCAGAUGGUUCGAAUGUUGGACAUCCUGGCUGAAUACCUUGCCAAGAAACGCUACCCGUUUCAGCGUUUGGACGGCUCCAUCAAGGGAGAAAUUCGAAAGCAAGCGCUGGACCACUUUAAUGCCGAAGGCUCAGAGGAUUUCUGCUUUCUCUUGUCCACGAGAGCCGGAGGCUUGGGAAUAAACUUGGCCUCUGCCGACACCGUCGUUAUCUUCGACUCGGAUUGGAACCCGCAGAAUGACCUGCAGGCGCAAGCCAGGGCUCAUAGGAUCGGCCAAAAGAAGCAGGUGAAUAUAUAUCGACUGGUCACCAAGGGAACGGUUGAGGAGGACAUCAUCGAGAGGGCGAAGAAGAAGAUGGUUUUGGAUCAUCUGGUCAUUCAGCGAAUGGACACCACUGGACGAACCGUACUGGACAGCAACUCGGGCAACACCAAUUCGAACCCAUUUAACAAGGAAGAGCUGACCGCCAUCCUCAAGUUUGGUGCAGAAGAGCUAUUUAAAGAGGCCGAAGGAGAAGAGUCUGAACCUCAGGAAAUGGACAUCGAUGAGAUCCUCAGGUUGGCAGAAACUCGAGAAAGUGACCAGGGCCAAAGUGCCACCGAUGAACUCCUGUCUCAGUUUAAGGUGGCCAAUUUUUCCACCAUGGAGGAAAGCGCACCCAACCUGGAGGAGAAGCCUUCUCGGGACUGGGAUGACAUCAUCCCAGGGGAGCAGCGGCGCAAAGUGGAGGAGGAGGAAAAGCAACGGGAAAUGGAUCUCUUCAUGCUGCCCAGAAGCAGGAGCUCCAACAAGCGGGCUCAGGCCAACGACAGUGACAGCGACGUGGGCUCCAAGCUCAAGCAACAGUCAUCGGGCUCGGACAGCGAGACCGACGACAGCGAUGAAGAUAAGAAGCCCAAGAAGCGAGGUCGCCCCAGAGCCCGCAAGAACAACGUGGAGGGUUUCAAUGAUGCCGAGAUACGCAGGUUCAUUAAGGCUUACAAGAAGUUUGGAGCUCCGCUUGAAAGGUUGGAAGCCAUCGCACGCGACUCUGAGCUGGUGGACAAGUCCAUCGCAGACCUGAAGCGUCUGGGCGAGCUCAUUCACGUCAGCUGCGUGGCGGCCGUGCAAGAGCACGAGGAGAACCUGAAAGAGAACCCGGUCGAAGCCAAAGGUCCCGGCAAACGGCGAGGAAUCAACAUCAAGAUCUCCGGGGUGCAGGUCAACGCCAAGUCCAUCAUCCAGCACGAGGAGGAGUUCGAGCCCUUGCACAAGGCUGUGCCGCCCGAUCCGGCCCAGAGGAAUACGUUCAAGCUCACGUGCAGAGUCAAGGUCGCCCACUUCGACGUGGACUGGAACGUGGAGGACGACGUGCAGCUCUUGCUCGGAAUUUAUGAGCACGGAUUCAGCAACUGGGAUCUGAUCAAGACCGAUCCUGACCUCAAGCUGUCUGAAAAGAUCCUGCCGGACGAUCCGGUCAAGAAGCCUCAGGCCAAGCAGCUGCAGGCCAGAGCCGAGUAUCUCCUCAAGCUGCUCAAAAAGGAACAAGACAGCGCAGACGCGUCCAAAACUGGCGACGAGGUCAAAGUGAGGAAGAGGAAGCCUCGGGUGAAGAAGGAGAAGCUCGUCAAGGACGAGCAGGGCAACAGCAAUUCGUCGCCGCGCUUGUCCGACAAUCCAUCGGAAGAAGGCGAGCUCAAGGAGGACGGAGCAGACAAGUCCCCCACCAAGAAACGACAGAAGAAGAAGGAUAACAAGGAGAACAAAGAAAAGCAAGGCACUCCGAAGAAGGAGAAGGAAGGCGACAAAGAGAAGAAGGGGAACAAGGCUCGAAAGGACAAGGCGAAAGGAACCAAAGGGAGGAAAAGCCAAGGACCGGUCCACAUCACGGCGGGCUCCGAUCCCGUUCCCAUCGAGGGAAAAGAGGACGACGAACUCGACCAGGAGACUUUCAGUAUUUGCAAGGAGCGCAUGAGGCCCGUGAAGAAGGCCCUGAAGCAGUUGGACAAACCGGACGAGGGCUUGCCGGACCAGGACCAGCUCCAGCACACGCGCACCUGCCUGCUGAAGAUCGGAGAUCGCAUCACAGAGUGCCUCAAAGCCUACAACGACCCCGAGCACGUGAAAAUAUGGCGACGAAAUCUCUGGAUUUUUGUCUCCAAGUUUACCGAGUUUGGCGCCCGAAAGUUGCACAAGCUCUACAAAAUGGCCCAGAAGAAACGCUCGCACGAGGAAGAGAAGGAGCACAAGAAGAGGGAUGAGACCUCCGGGAGAGGAAAACCUUUGCGGCCAGACGCUUCGGCGCCCGCUCGCGACUCAGCGGGCGCGCAGUCGGCUUCGUCUCACUCAGCGCAGUCGGACCCGCAUGGGCACCACCGAGAUUACAACAUGGGCGCCAAACGCCACUUCCCCAAUGACGACCGGGGGGACUGGCAGAGGGAGCGCAAGUACAAUCACCCGAGCAACCAGCCGUGGUCGGGCGAGCGCCAUUACCCGUACGACGGCCACCGCUACAAGGAGCACUACGGUGAGCGGCACGCCCACGGCGACUCAUACCGCAGCUCGGGCGGCUACCGCAAUAACAACUCGCCGCGCAAGAGGCCCUACGACCAAUACGGCAACGACCGGGACCACCGGCCGCACCGGCCCUACUAUGACAGGCACCAGGACUCCAAAAGAAGGCGUCCGGACGACUUCCGCUCCAACUACCACCACCAGGGGCGCGACGGCCCCUCUCAGGACUUCCGCCGCAUGCCGGAUCAUCGGCCCGGCCUCCCGCCGGCCCAAGACCACUACAGCAGACCUUUCCACACGGACAAACCCCUGCUCCUGGACCCACGCUCCCCCCAGGCCCAGAAGUCCCCCCACGACCCUCGCCUGUCCCCGGCGGACCCCAACGCCCCCCCGCCCGAGCCCCCCUGGAACAACAGGAAGACUUAAAACUUUGGACUGGACCAGUCAUAAGCUUGAUGGACGUAGACGCCGUUGCGCUCACACACACACACACACACACACACACACACACACACACACACACACACACACACACAUACACACACACAGACAGGCGACAACCAUCUUCAUUGAAGUGACUGGACACGGUGGAAUGGAUGUUUAGUCCUAUGGACUACUUACCUCGGGUGGGUUCAGGACGCAAUGAACUGUUGACUGACCUUAAAGUGCCUGAUUUGUUGUUUUUUGUUUUGUUUUUUUAAGCCUGACCAGGAGAAGUUUUGUUUAUUUCUGCCUUUAGCUUUAAAUGUCAUUAGACAACGUGAGUACAAAAGAAUGUGUCAUCACGUGCACCCCCCCUGCAGCAGCAUUUGUGACGCUUGCAAAGAGGUGGAAAAUUUCCCCUAAAUUUCCAUGGGCACUUUUGGAACUAUUCCAAAUUGGAACAUUUGUAUGAAUUGGGAAUGGAGGUUAACUUGAUGAGUGUAUCAUGUGCAAUCAUUUUGGGCUGCAAGGUAGCAAAAUGAUUGCUUUCAAUUGGAUUAUGCAAAAAAAAAAAAAAAAUUCCCCAAUUUGUAUGUUACAUUUAAGGUCACCCAUUGAAUUCCUGCUAUCUUCCCUGAAAUUUCCAUGCAAAGUUUGCAACUUUCCAUCAUCGGCGUCAGCACAUGCUACCUUUCACUAGCUCAUGAUUCCAUCUCUUCUAUCCAACCAAGCAAAAGAGCCAGUUAUCCACUUGCACAUGUGAUCCCCAUGGAUUCUCUGGCAUUUGUUGCAAAACGGUGGCCAAAGCUAGCAGUCAUGGAAGAGUCAAUGCCAGUACUUUUCCUCCGGAGUGAAAUGAUGCACCCCCCCCCCACCCCCCUCACGGCACACCACCAAAAUGUUGCAAAAAGGAUAAAAUCAAGUUGCCCUUGGUUCAAUUUCCGCACAGAUCUUCUAAGUUCAACACAAAAAAUGCUGUUCUGUUUAGUUUCCCUGCUGCCAUCCAGCGGACGAACAUUGAAUUGUUCUGCUUGUCAGUCAGCAUGCAAAGAUGGAUAACCUCGAUACAUUAUUUGUAGUAACUAAUCAAUUGCGUUUGCAAGUGGCGAAUUUCACACAGUGGUUGGAAAAGGAAUUUAAAAACUACCCCAAUCAAAUCAAAAUGAAAGAAGCAGUGUUACUUGUAUCACAAACACCCUUUGGCUCCUUUCCCCUCACAGUAUUAACAAAUGGCUGUGCGCCAUUUUAAGGACGUUUGCUCCCAGUGCCAAAUCCGGCCCAUUUUGUGUUCCCCGUCUUCUCACACAGAUUUCAUUUGUGCCUUAAGUAAGGGCUGUAUACAGUGUCGUGGUUGGGUGGAGGCUUGCUGUUGAGUAUUGAAAUUGGUGUUCGCUGUGUUAUUCAAAUGGGACAAAAAAAAUCAGCAUCAUGCUCGUCUGGGACUUUGGACUCCAUGUGUUGAAGUUAUAUUUACAAGGCCACCUUCAGUUAGGCAAAUUACAGCCAAAGUCCCUGAAAUCCCCAUGGAAAAUGUUCAGUCUUGAGAAUUCUGAGAAUUUUGCAACCCUAAUGUUAGCAAUCCAGCAAAAUGUUUUGAAUGAGUGUACGCCGGGAAGUUGGCAUACUAAAAAUGGCUGCCUUCCUGUGUCUUGGCUUCUUGACUUCUUUUGUGGGUCUGGUCUUGGUAGACGUGCCUACCAAAUGUGGCUUCAGGGGCUGAAUUUUUGAAAUGUUACUGUUAAUUAUGUAAAUUUUCACAAGUAUAGGAGGUCCCUGAAAACUAAAAGUGGGUUUUUGCACUGUGAGAAAAAGAAAUCAAUCCCCUGCAAAUUGCAUAAAAGUGAUUCUAAUAUAUAAGAAAGAUGUAAAGUAAAAUAAAACAAAAAAAGUCACAUUUUAAGGACAUAGUAUGGAAUGGCUCGAUGAAGGGACCAUGUGGUAUCCAAGUGGUAAUCCUCAUGUUUUGUGUGUGGUAGAAAUACAAUGAAAGUGUUUUGGCUUCUUCUUGCUCUUCUUCCUCCAUCACGUCACGCAAGCUCCAGUCCUUGUAUGAUAUCUUCUGAAAGGAAAAGUCUAAUUUAUAUUUGGGAAAACAACCACUCUUGAGGAAAAAAAAAAUCUUGUACAUAUGUUUGGACAUAUGUAAUAAAAUUUGUUACACAAAAGUA